AUGUCGGACACUCUCUCUGACGCGGAGAAGAUCCGGAACAAGCGCCUGGCAAAGCUUCAAGCACCCGCUGCGUCGACCGCACCAGCCGCUGAACCCUCCCACUCACCGUCAUCGUCCACCAGCCCAUCUCGAGCAAGUUCACCUGGACCGUCAAGUCAAAGUCAUGACACGGUCUCAGAAGCUCCGGCCGCGGCACCGGGAUCCCAAAUGCCUGAAGGGAAGCGGAUCAAGAUCACUCCCACUACUUCAGCCGAGGUCGUCGAACGUGCACGAUCCAUACCUCAGUCACCUGCUAGGACUGCGUCUCCCGCCAGGAUUAACUCCCCGGCGCGAGUCGACUCGCCCGCUCGGUCAAUAGCCUUGAGUAUUGAUGAAUUCGAACACCUCAUCCUCGGGAGUUUCUUCAGCAUCAACUUGAACGAGGAGACACGGGCCAGAAAUAAGCACAGAGCCGAUCUUCCAGGACUGCGAAGCGAGCUAUUGGAAGAUGGCAAGGAAGUACGGCUACACAUUGGAAUCCUGGACCAGGCCAUUCUCGAAGCUGCGUCUCAAGCACAGCGACCACUUGACUACCUGCUGCCGUGCUGGAACAGAAUUCAAGACAGAAUGAGGAAGCCUGAUACUGAUACGAAGAGGUGGGACAUCAUAUGCGAGGCAAAGAGACUGUGUCUAAGCUACUGCGUUUUUGCCAUCACGAUGCCAGAGAUGUUUGGUGUCGAGUCCUCCAAUGAAUCUCCAUUAGCUCGACAACUUUUACUGAGUCCCGAUGACGGGAUGCGGAGGGGCAUUACGCCAGAGUUCCUCAGAGAGGUCAGUGGAAAGUUUGAAGACGAUGACAGUCUCAAACCCGCUCUGAUCUCGGCUGUGGAGGAGCUCAGCAGUCAGUUGGCACUCAAAGACGCCAACGGGGAGAUUCAGCCUUACAUGAUGGCUAUGCGAAACUUGGUCGAGAACCCAGCCAUCGCUGCAGCCAUGACAGAGUCAUCGUUGUUCAACGUGGCCGCAACUCCGCCCACUUUUGAAACGACCACUCUACUGGGACCGUGGUACCGACUCUCUCCGCUGCAGCCCAAAGUGACCAUGUCGUAUUUCUCGACCCCGAAAACUCGCGAUCAAGGAUUUAUUGUGAACUCGCAAAGUUCGCUCCGCAUGAUGCAGAACAUGAUUCAAGGGGACCUGGACUAUAUUACUACCAAGAUUCUGCGUGCAUCACCCGAAGCAAAAAAUCGGUUCCUGGACUGGGUAGCAACUGCACUCAAUUUGAAUCACAAACGACGUGCAAUGCAGGUUAAGCCCGAAGAGGUCGCUUCGGAUGGAUUCAUGUUCAAUCUAACCUCCACAUUGGACAAGCUUUGCGGACCCAUCAUGAAUAUCGACUUCCGCAAAAUCCACACAUUCCAUGCGGAGUAUUUCCAGCGGAACCCUCGAAUUGAUAUGCGAGAUGAGACCAAAAUCAACGCUGAUCAGCAUGCGUCUGAGGCAUUCUACUCGAAAACAAUGGAAGGCAAUUCCAAUUUCAACAGCGAGCUUUUCUUCCUUACAAUCGCAGCGCAUCACUAUGGCAGCGAAUCUCUGACUUCGCGACUGGAGCAACUUGACAAGGAUUUGCGACACAUCGAAUCAUCGAUAACCCGAUUUGAGGCUGAGCGGCCACGCUGGGCGGCGAAUCCAGCCCAGUUGCGGGUAUAUGAGCAGGCACUCAAAAAGUACCGUGACAAGCUUGAUCUGGGACUAGCGUUGAAAUACAGUCUUCAAGCUCUGUUGCUUGACGAACAGUGGCAGGUUCGUUCCAUCGAAGUCAUGCGCCACGUGGCCGUCUGGCUCCUGCGAGUGGCCUCAGGGAAGGAUUUCCCACAAGAGAAGAUCACACUUCCCCUUCCUGAGCAGCAACCCGAAGUAUUCCAGAAUUUGCCGGAAUACUUCUUGGAUGUCAUCAUCAGCAACUUCAAAUUUGUGACGUGGGCUAUGCCGCAGACUAUCACCGCUGUUCUUGGGGAGGAACUGGUAAUGCUUUGUAUCACUUUCCUUGAAAGCUCAAGUUACAUCAAAAACCCUUAUCUGAAGGCUGGCCUGGUCUCCAUGCUAUUCCGCGGCACUUUGACUCGACCGGGAGGUCAUCGUGGGGUUCUCGUUGAUCUGCUGAAUUCCAUGCCAUUCGCCAACGAGUACCUCUUGCAUGCCAUUAUGAAAUUCUACAUCGAAGCCGAGCACACUGGAGCUCAUACGCAAUUCUUCGACAAAUUCAACAUCCGUUACGAGAUUUUCCAGAUCAUCAAAUGUAUCUGGCCAAACACGCUGUACCGCAAGAAGUUGUCCAAUCAGGCCACUCAGAAUCAGGACUUCUUUGUCCAAUUUGUGAAUCUUCUGCUAAACGACGUGACCUAUGUUCUGGGCGAGUCAUUUAGCGCUUUCAAAACCAUUCGCAGCAUCCAGGAAGAACUCCGGCGUGAGGGCGAAUCGAUGGACCCCACUGCACGACAGGAAAAGGAAGAGCACCUGACAUCGUCUCAGAGAAAUGCCAAGUCAUACAUGCAACUGACCAAUGAGACAAUGGCCAUGCUCAAGCUCUUCACUGCUGCUCUUGCUGAUUCAUUUACUAUGCCAGAGAUUGUUCAGCGUUUGGCAGACAUGCUCAACUACAAUCUCGAUGCCAUGGCUGGGCCGAAGAGCUCACAAUUGAAAGUCGAAGGCAAUGUACAACUGAUGGUAGAGAAGUACGGAUUCGAUCCGAAGGUUCUGCUCAGCGACAUUGCCAAGAUCUAUGUCAACCUGAUGAAUAAGCCAAACUUCAUUACGGCUGUUGCUCGCGAUGGACGUUCUUAUAGACCGGAGCUUUUCAAACAGGCUUCUGACCUUCUGCGACAACACCAGCUCACACCUGAAGAGGAUCUGCGUCGCUGGGACCGUCUGCGCAAAGAGGUGCAGGAAGCUAAAGAGGCCGAUGAUCAAGCAGAGGAAGACUUGGGCGAGAUUCCAGAUGAUUUCCUGGAUCCUCUGAUGUACACCCUUAUGGAAGAUCCCGUCAUUCUUCCCAGCUCUAAGGUUUCCAUUGACCGGUCUACUAUCCGCUCGCACUUGCUCAGCGAUCCUCACGACCCAUUCAACCGCAUGCCUUUAAAGAUGGAGGAUGUGCUUCCUGAUACCGAGCUCAAAGCGAAGAUCGAGGCUUUCAAGGCAGAGCGGAAGGGCAUGAAAAAGACCAUGAGCGAUCAGAUGGAUACGACUGCGGACUAA